AUGAAGAUAGUAACAGCUAUGUGUAAUGAAAGUAGAGGAAUUGGGUUUAAAAACGCACUCCCUUGGCCCAAAUUACCAGGCGAUUACAAACAUUACAGAGGACUAGUUGCACCUAAAUAUACAGGAGAGAAGACAGCUAAUAUCAAAGGUAGAUUAACAUGGUUGUCAACAGACCAUAGUGAGAGCAAUCAACCGGGAGUUAUAAAUAUUGUAAUAACUACACUUCCAAAAGAAUCACUGAAGUCAUCCAAAGUACACUAUACUUCUGAAAGUUUGUCUGAAGCUCAUCAACUAGCUCUGGAAUGUGGUAUAAAAGAAGAUAAUAUAUGGAUUAUGGGUGGUCAUGGUAUAUACAAGGAUGCUAUUGCACACCCAGAAUGUUCUCAUCUAUAUCUUACCAGAAUCUAUAAAGAAUUUGAUUCAGAUGUCACUCUUCCGGCAUUUGAACAUCAAUUUCAAAAGAAAAGGGACUUAACCAUUCCUGACAAUGUCCAAGAGGAAAAUGGUGUAAGAUACCAAUUUGAAGUUUAUGAAAGAACGUGA